AUGUCAACUAGAAUUACCCCACAUUUACAUUGGUAUCAUUCAAGGAGUAUUAAUCCAAAAAGAAUUGUUACUAAUUCAUCACCCAUUCUCAAUGAUCAUUGCCUAAUACGAAUAUUUGAAUUUCUCGCGGAGGAUCCGAAUUCAUUAUUUUGUUGCGCGAAUUCGGGGAAUGAUGGAUCAAAUAGAUGGCGUACAGGAAUUAUAACGACAUACGUUGCAACCUUACCACAAACUUCAAGAGAUGUCCUGUCUCAGGCUGGAAUAAAGAUAUCGCGGAAGUCAUCGAAACCGACUUUUGAUUACGCGUGUUUUCUAAAGGGUUUACAUAUUUGUUCCAUGGAAGUACACGUUAUUUUUUGGAUUUUAUUAAUUAAUGGAAUCGUUGUAGAACAUGGAAGGGUUAUAGUGAUCAACCCCCUCCUUAGGAAGAAGAUAUUUAUUGUCAUUCAAGAAUUAAUGAAACAUUUCUUUCGGAAAUCUAACGUUUUGUAUAAUCUGAAUGCAGGAUCAGGAAUCAUAGUCCCUGAAAUCUUGGCAAAUGUGAUAACCGAGAUUCCCGAAGCAAAGCAAGUGUUAUCGAAAUUAAGAACUUUUACUUGCGGCUCAACUGUUAAUACAGCCAAAUUUAUGUCAAAAAUUGUAUCAGUACUUUCAAAUUACAGUCGUAAUCUUCAACAAUUGGAGGUCCAUCCUUAUGAAGAUCUAAGUGAAUUAUCCAAGUUCAUUAGUGUUCAAAAAUAUUUAUCAGCGAUAAGUAUGGAGGAAAAUAAUACUUCUGGGAAGAUCCGGAAAAUAUCUUGGAAUGCCUCCAACAGUGCACCUUUUGAAAUAAUGAAAAAGGCGUAUUUCAUAACGCGAUUAACGGUUGGUAGAAUGUAUUUUCCCGUUGAAGAAUUAUCUAAUUUUGUUAAUCUUGAAGAAUUAGUCUUAUCUGCAUAUGGUGAUCAAGAUUAUCCACGAUCCAAAUGGAUUCAACUAACGGGAGUUUAUUUAAAGAAAUUAAAGAUAUUUUAUUUCUGUAGUCUUAAUUCAUUAAUAUAUCUUGACAUAUUCGCAAUUUUCAUCAAAAACUGUGAAAAAUUACAACAAAUAAUAAUACACAGUCACAAGUUAUCUGAUCCAAACAAUUCCGGAUUACUGAUCGCCAAUAUUGCACAAUAUUGCCCAGACAUUAUCUUGUACGAGGGACCUAUCUUACAAGAUAAUAGAAGGGAGUUUACGAAAUUACUAAGUUCCUGUAAUCACCUAAGGUCCUUACACCUUCGUCCAUCAAAGGGAAUCCCUGGUGCGUUAAAUCAAGAAACGUUAUCAACGAAUCAAGGGAAUGCCGAAGGAAAGGUCGAUUUUGAUGCAAUUUUACAGGAAAUCACGGAGAAACAACCACAAAGUUUACGUAAUCUCAGAAUUUCAGAUGGAUGGAUGAUAUCAGCGGAAGCCUUUGAAAAGUUUCUAGAAAGUCGAGAGGAAAUAUCUCGACCUGUUUGUUUCUAUUGGAAUCCUACCGUGCAAUUUACAGGACAAAUGGAAGAAGUUUGCAAGACGUAUCAUCGAUAUGGAGUAUUGAAACAAUAUGUUAGUCAUGUAUAUUACUGA